GAGAUUCGUUUCGAGAUCCGUGGGUGAGCUUCGAGCUAAAUUAAUCGGUGUCAUCUGGGUGCCGCGAAAAUAAAAGUGAAAAUUCAAUAUCAAGUGCGCACAAUUUUCACAAUUCGCAAUUUUUGUCAACAUUAUUUCUAUUUUUUUCAAGUGAAAUUCUUUGAUUAUCAUUUAUGUACGUAUAAAAGUAUUUAGUUAAUGAAAAUUCAAACGAAUUUGCUUCGCAAGGAUCGAUCCAUCAUCAAGAAAAUCAACUGGAAAGUAAAAAUUUUAGAGGUGUUUAUGUGUUCCUGAGAGAUCGUAAACGCAAAAAGAAAACAAAAAAUAAGAGGAAAACAAGAAAUACGGCGAAGGAGGCAAAGUUGAGCACGAAGACAAACAAUUCGCACUUCAGACUUUUCCUGGGAAACUGUUGUAGGCAUUUGCUACACAACACUGUGAAAAUGGCAAUACCAACCAACAGCCAACAGCAGUGGGCAACUUGGAGCCUUGCCUUGGCCACUUGGCUGCUGAUAUCAACAACAGUUGCACUAUCACCGCCACCGCAGCCCGCUGAUCACUUGAUACCACCGCCAGCGCCGACAGCAGCGACUGUUGUUGCCCCUCAUCAUGCAGCGUUGCCUGUGGCGCAGCGACUGACGCAUGCCGGGUACUCGGAGCCAGCGCAGGAGACUGGCUUCAUGACGCGUGUGGCACGUUGGUUUGGCUUGGGUGGAGCUGCCACAGCACCGCGGGAUCAACAGCUAAGCGCCGCCGGAUCACUGAGUUAUGCAUACCCGAAGCCUGCGCAGCAUUUCGAUGCUGCUGGGAAGCCGUGUGGCCAGUGCAACAAGUAUCCCUGGGUGCCAAUGAUGGGGCAGCAGCAACCUCAACCACAACAGCAACAGCAACAGCAACAGCAACAUCAGCAACCUCAACAGCAAUCGCUGCACAUACAGCAGCAGCAGUUGCAGCAUUUGCCGCAGCAAACACAACAAGUCUUGCAGCAACAGCUACCACAUCAGCAAUUGAUCUCCGCCUGGCAGCAACAGCAACAGCAGCAGCAGCAACCUUUGGCGCAGGCAUCGCAGCAUCGUCAGCGUGCUGUGCAGUUCCAUGCGCCAUCGUCGAGUGUCUUUCUGCCCAUCGCUGUGCCUGUGCCUGCGUUGAGUCAAGUGGCAUUGCCUCCACUCUACAAUGCGCAGCAGUUUCGACCGCUGCAACAUCAGCAACAACAACAGCAGCAACAUCUGCUGCACCCGCUGCAACAGCAGCUGCCGUUGGAGAAUGUGGGAGCACACUCGGAGCUGCGACCGGUGCCGGUGCCAACGGCGUCGCCGCCAGCACAGCAGCAGACGAGCAGCAACUUUGAGAUUGUGCAGAGCCAUCAGGUGACGGACUUUGUCACCUCCGUGGAGUAUCCGGCCACCUUCGUGCAGUCGCACUCCAUCGAUCUGGGACAGACGGGCGCCACGCUGCCCAGCAAUCACAAGCAGCCAGAGGAGCAACAGCACCAGCAACAGGAGCAGGACAUCAGCACGGUGCGCUAUCAGCUGGAGGACUUGAGCAGCGGUGCAGUGCAUCAGCAUUUGCCAGCCUCGCAGCUGCUCACCGAACUGGGACACUUUGAGCCGCAGACAACGCUGCCUCCGCCAGCGGACAAUUAUCCCGCGGCCUCAUCGCAACAGCAACUGCAACACGAACAGGAACAGGAAACAGAUCAGGAGCAGCAGCAGCUGUACUUUGCCGAACAGUAUCAGGAGCUGGCCGAGACGAGCACUGUGACACCUCAGUACGAAUCGCUGCUCUACUCCGAGACAACCACCGAGCAGCCAACGCCAGCGGCCAUCGAGCUAAACCAUAAUCUCGUCUUGUCACCGUCGCCGUCGCGUGAUCGCGAUGCACGGCAACGCGAGACACCGAAGCGACUGCUGGACUCGCCCAUCAAUCACAUGACGCCACAUGGCGGUGCAGCUGGUGUGGCCCCUCCGCCGCGUCCCUUCACCCGCGAUCCCUCUGAGCUGAACUUCCGACUCGGUCACAGCCAGCCAACGCAUGCGCCCACGCCAACGUCCACAUAUGGCGCCAUCGAUGCGAGUGGACAGUUUGCUGGCAUGUCGCCGCCUCCGCCGGGUCCCCAGCAGGUGAUUAUUCCGUACACCACCAAGCAGAAGCCGCGUCCCUUCGAGCCCUCCCAGUGGACGCCAGGCUGGAAUGUGCGACACCCGCAGCAGCAACAGCAACAACAACUGCAGGACAACGAUGUGGAGCUGCAUGAGCAGCAGGAGUCGAAGCUGGUGAGCACAGCGACGGCAGCGCCGCCGCCAAACACGCGACGCACCACCAAAUAUCUGACCAAAAUCCUUGCCACCAACUUGCGCGAGCUGCUGAAGCGAGAGCGAGAGACGAAGCGACGUCCCGCGCCGCUGAUUGGCGUGGACAUCUCGAAGCUGCAGCACAACAUCGAUGGCUGGACCGAGCAGGAGUACAACUCGCUCUCGCAUCGUCCUAGCACGCCAACCAUUCGCGGUCGCUCCAAGCACAUUCCCAGCGAGUACCUGACCACAACCACAACCCCAGCUACUCCGAUUCCGUCUCCGACUCAGACAUUAACGUCAACGUCGAAGAUUACGCGCGGCGGCUUCGAGUUGGGGGGGAGUGUGAGCGCGAGUCAGGCGAAUGGAGGCGAUUUGUCCACGUCGAUUAACAAUCUGGAGCAACUGCAGCUGAAGCGUUUUCCCCCCGUCGAUGACAAUCGCUUGUUGGACUUCUACGAACCGCAGCAGCAGCAGCAGCAUCGUCACAGCUAUGCCACACAGCCCAUAACAAGCACAACGAGCUUGCCCCCAACAACCACAACAACAACAACAGCAAGGACAACAACGACAGCGACAGCCAAGGAGCUGAUAACGCCGCUCUAUGUGCGCAGCACGCCAGCGCCCAUGGAGCUGUGGAAGCAGGCCAAGGUUGCCAUAUUGCCACAGACGAACGAGAAGGUUUAUGUGGUCACGCCACAGCCUCGUCAUCAGCAUCAGCAUCAGCCUCAGCCUCAGUCUCAGUCUCAUCAGUCGGAGCACAGUGAGCCAACUGCUGCCGCGUCGGUGCAAUCGCCGGUCUAUCAGACGCCUGCACCGAGAUUUCCGCGCAUCAGACCGACGCCAGGGACAGCAACAGCUGUUGAAGCGACGCCUGCAACGGAGCAGCUGCGCAACUAUACGCCGGAUAUCUUUGGGCUCAGGGGCUUGUCGGCGUAUGUGCCCGCGGAACCAGUGGAGAUCAUCGAUGGCAACUCCAAAGUAAUCACUAUUGUGACAGCGGCGCCAACUGCGGCUGCACUGCAACGGCCCACAGCCAAGUCAACGAUAUCGCCCUCGCCCAGAUAGACAACAGCACAAAAACAACAAAAACAAAGAGAACCCGGAUGUGAAUCAAGGAAUUUACAAGCAGAGACAACACUAAGAGAGAGAGAGAGAGAGAGAGAAAAACUAUUGUAAUAUAUUUCCUCCGGAGAGUGCGGAGAACGAAGAGUGCAGCGAAGUUUAUAUUGUAAGCCUUAAACCAAUUUUAGAGUAUUCUUGCAUUUGGUAGCUUUACACGUACAUUUAGUUAUACAUGUAUUGGUUAAAUGUUUUUUUUUUGUUUUGUACCAUUUUUUUUUGUAAUGUGAAAUGCGAAAUCAGAUGCCACUCUAGUGCUUUAAUAUUGAAUAUAUAUAUAUAUUCCAUAUGGGAAGUAUUUUGCUGGCCACGCCUCCUUUGCGUGUGUGUGUACUACUUAUGUUAUAGGAAGCCAGAAUGAUAAGGAAAAGAAAAAAGAAGUGAAAACAACAAAUUAUGAAAAAGCGAAAUACCAAUCAAAGUCACUUUAAUGUAUUUAAUGUAAUUUGUAAGAGCGCAUAAAUCGAGGAAAUUUGUAAGUUUUGCAA